CCGGGUGCCACAGGAUCCCGGGGUCCCAGACGCUCAGAGGCGCGAGUGGAGCGGACCGGCCAUGCUUCGCGGCGCGCUCUGGCUGCUGCUGUUGCUGUGGCUCCCGGGUGCGCCGGGCCACCGCGGCGCCACCAGCGCGAGGCAGGUAGCCGACGAGCCGGCCUCACCCGGGGCCUGGGCGGGCAUCCAGCGGAUGCAGGAGCAACUGCAGACGGCCGGGACCCUCUCCAGGCGGUACUGGGCGCUCUUCAGCUGCGCCGUGUGGCCUGACCACUGUGACGACCAGGAGGCCACCGCUCCGCCGCUGGGCUGGAGCCUUCUUCAGUGGGGCCAGCGGUCCCUGGAUAUCCUGUCCACGUGGUUCUGUCGCUUCCAGGAAUGCUGCACAGGUGGCGGGGAUUGCAGGAUUUCCAACAACUUUGCAGGCCUAGAAUCGGACUUGCGUGUGCGACUGCAUGGCCAGCAUUUGGCUGGCAAGCUGGUCCUAAGAACAGUGAGGGGCUACCUAGAGACACCCCAGGCAGACAAGGCCCUAGCACUGUCAUUCCAUGGCUGGUCUGGCACAGGCAAAAACUUCGUGGCACGGAUGAUGGCAGAGAACCUGUUUCGGGAUGGGCUGAGGAGUGACUGUGUCAAGAUGUUUAUUUCCAUGCUCCAUUUCCCACACUCCAAGUAUGUGGACGUGUACAAGGAGCAGUUGCUGAGCCAGAUUAAGGAGACACAGCAGCGCUGCCGUCAGAACAUGUUCAUCUUUGAUGAGGCCGAGAAACUGCACCCGGCACUGCUGGAGCUUCUUGGGAAACACCUGGAACUUAGGGCCCCUGAGGCCCAUAGGGCUGAGUCUUCCAGAACCAUCUUUGUCUUUCUCAGUAACCUUGGGGGCAGUGUCAUCAAUGAGGUGGUCCUGGGUUUCCUUAAGGCUGGAUGGUCACGGGAAGAAAUUACAAUGGAACACUUGGAACCCCGCUUCCAAGCUGAGAUCAUGGAGUCCCCAGACAGUGGCUUUGGCCAGAGUCGUCUUGUGAAGGACAACCUGAUUGACAUCUUUAUCCCCUUCCUGCCCCUGGAGUACCGUCAUGUGCGCCUGUGUGUCCGCGAUGCCUUCUUGAACCAAAAACUCCAGUACACAGAUGCAGCCCUGGAUGAAAUAGCCAGGAUGAUGACAUACAUCCCUGAGGAGGAGCAGCUCUUCUCCUCCCAGGGCUGCAAAUCUAUUUCCCAGAGAAUUAACUACUUCCUGCCUUGAUAGCUAAUCAUGGACCUGCCACACAUGCUGGGGUCUAACAAUCACAGAUACUAGCUAGUGUGGAGAAGGCAGCUGCUAACUCAGAAGCAGCAGCAAUUCUUAGAAAUCACUUGGUGCCUUAAAGACCUGAAUUCUAGACAUUCUAGAAUGUGGGUCAGGAAGCUGGAGAAAGCCAGGGGAGGUCAGCGGGUCCCAAAUGGCCCUCGGAACUUAAACUAUGUAUGGCCUCCUUUCCCAUGUCUUCCUGGAAGGUAUCUGGACUUGAGACAUGAGCUGUGAGGCCACAGGAUUCUUGGGCUACAAAACGUGGAGGAAUGAAAAUCUGGCCAGGUGGUGGGGAGUACACCUCAGGUUUGCAGGCAUGGUGGCUGGCUUUCAAGAGAGGAUGAGCAACUCUAAUCUGUAGUAGAUCAGCAAAGAGCUUUGGACUACAGGGAGAAGUGCACAAAAGAAGAUAGUUAAAAACAAAACAAAACAAAAAAAAACCAAUCUGUGUGCUGGUUGGGGUUGGGAGGUGGCGCACACCUAUGAUCCCAGAAAACCUGGGUUGCCUCCUGAGUUUAAUUCUAGCCCCAGCCAAUGAGACCCUGCCUCAACAAACAAAACCAUGUGAGUGCAAACUAAGGCAUGUUCUGCUCUGAAAACUAAAAGUAUUUUAAAUAAGAGGCUGUGGUGUGAAUGUCAAAGAUUAAAUUUUGUAUUUUUCUAACA